AAAAUUUAAAAAAGCGGUUUCUAAGCAAUAGAUAUUAGUAUUGCCUUUGAGUUUUAGAGAACACGCUAGCCAGAAAUCAGCAUACCUUAGAUAAAUUUUGACAGCGAUUGCAGAGUGGGAAGUCGAAAGAGUUGUAAUAAUCUGUCAAGGAAGUUCGAUUUCUAGAACAAUGCUGGAUACCUAUCAGGGUUUUGCGCUGCUCCAGCUGCUUCUGUUGUUUUCAGUUGUCUUGAUCUGCCUGCGAUCGACAUGCCCGGGCAGCUUGGAACCACAGAAAUUGGAACCGCUGAAGGAGCCACCGCCGGCAGACCGCCUGGUGGUUCUGGUGAGAGAUGGCCUGUCCGCCCAGACUUUCUUAGCCAACCGCUGCCGGAACGUGCCGCUGCUGCGGGACCUCUUUGUGCACCAAGGUCUGGUGGGGAUCAGUCGUCCGGAGACCACUACCUACCACCCGAUGUCCCCAUACGUCUCACUGUUCUCCGGCCUUAAUGAGGAUGCGGCUUUGGUGGCUCGUGGCUGGCUGCGUAAACCAAACGCUCAUGACUCAAUAUUCAAUCGAAGUGACCAAAGUUUUGCCUGGACCACGUCGGAGAUACUUUCGCGUUUUCCCCAAAUUGACAGAGCCACGGCAAUGAAUUUUGAAAACGUUGAUGCAGACGUUACCAAAUCCUGUUCAGAUAUGGAAGACUCCGUUUGUCGGUCUGUUGAGAGGUUUCUAAAUGGGGCACCCCAGCACUUGUUGAACUCGACGGGAGUCAUCUUCUUUGUCCAUAUGAGCGGUGUGGAACCAUCUUGCGAAAGCCUUCAACUGAUUCAGGAAAAUGUGUGGAAGCUGUACCAGCGGUUUGAAAAGUCGUUUCCCGACCAAAGAACAGCUUACCUAUUCACCUCCAGUCUUGGCGAUCCACAAAUUAAAAGCGAUUGCAGUUUGGCAGUUGAGUCGCCUUUCUUCCUUUGGGGUUCUGGAGUGGCUCAUGUAAAAUCCCUGCCAGGUCGGAGUUUUGUGGCCAACGACACGGGUUAUAGGCUGCCCCUGCAUGUCCUGAACCCACCUCAUCUUACAGCACUUAUGAGCGCUCUGCUAGGGCUCUCACCGCCAGUCAACAGUCGCGGAAUGCUACCUCGGGGAAUGCUCAACUCCAGUGUGCGUUAUGAGGCCAAUGCCAUGCUGACCAAUGCCAAACAGCUCCUGGCCCAAGCUCGCCGGCUAAGGGAGCUCCAUCCCAAAAGCAUGCCUGCCUUUUGGCUUGAUUUCCACAUGAUGGACAGCUUUUUGAGGACUGCUGAAGCCCUCAAGAGGCAACACCGAUUCAAGGCUCUUCUGGAAUACAGCUGCAACUUUAUGCCGGUGGUGAUCAAGGCAGUGGAUUACUUUAAGGACUCGUAUCGUCAAAUUUUAGUCUUUGCGGUAAGUUUUGCUGGAAUCGGCUGGCUAUAUUGUCUACGCUGCCAUCUAGCCGUUGGGCGAAAGUGCAGAAACCACAUGGAAAUCCAGGAGGUGAGCUCUGCUAAGCGGUUGGCGUUCCUCAGGGGACUCCAUCGAUUGUUGACCGGCUUGCUGGUGAUUUAUAUGCUGCUCGAAAGGAUUCCAUGGCUGGUGCAGGCUAUCCUACUAAUGCCUUCGCUCUAUUGGAGAUUGACCCUAAAGAUUGUGGGCGAGAGGCCUAAGAAGGUGGGCUGGAAGAGUUUGACUUCGUCCGCUUUACUGACACUGAUUUGUCUGAGUGGCUUCGUCAGGCGUUACAACAUGGCCGUGGGCUAUGCUGGAUUUGCUAUUUAUACAAACAGAGAUGCCUUUCGCAAGCGAGGACUGCAAUUCUACCUGUGGCUACUCCUACUCAUGGGACUCACCUGUGUAGCUGCACUGCCGGAAUCGCUGGGCUGCUCGCAGCCUAGAGCUCUGAUGUUCAGUAUCCUGCUUACGCUACUACGUCCUUUGGCCUGUGGUGUGUACUUUAAUCUCCAGACCUGGCUAAGCAAUAUCCUCGUGCUCCUCGCUGCCUUUGAGUUCAUCCUAGUGGGCUGGCAUCCCUGGGCCACUUACAUGGUCUCCUGGAUCUAUCUGGGUUAUGUGGCCUUCUGGCAGCGACGGAACAUGCAAGCCAGCGAUCUGGCGUUCUUCAAUCUGGGUACCCUUUACGCCCUCACCUGCACCUCUUAUGAAGCGGUGGUCAUCCAAAUGCUGGGCAUGGAACUGCAACUGGGACUGAGGAUGAAGCUGGAGAGGAACGAGGAAAUGGGAGCAAAGACUGCCGCCCAUUACAUACUGGUGUACAGCUGGUACUCCCUCUUCGCCAUUGGCAGCAUUCCAGCCUUUGAUGACUUCCUGGAUAUAAUACACGAAACCUGUUUAGGAUACCUAUCACUGACCUAUGGUCUGGUGAUGGUAAUGAAACUGCUGCUACCCUGGCUGCUGGUGCUCUGCAUCCUGGUGGGAAGCUACAAGGAUCUUGGUUCACACGAGCGUCAGAUCUUCGUGAGGUUGCUGCUCAUAAGUAGUGCCAUGUCGCUAAUUCUUCUGCAUCGGCUCACCGGCGUUGGACCCUGGAGGGAAAUCUUAGGCAGAUUCGCGGAGUUUGCGGUGGUCCAGGUCUUCCCACUAAUCUGGUUGCUGAUGUGGCGAUUGGCGCAACUUAAAGUAGGAUGCAAGUGGAUGUCCCAGCUCCCCGAAAGAGUUACUGUUCGUUAAAAAAAUAUCUUUAA